AUGAUAUUUGAGGCGCAAAGUAAAGUAGACGGGAUGUUUCGUUACUUUUUUAAAGCCUCAAAACCUCUUCGAAAUAAAUUGAUUCGUGCAGUGGGCGGGAAUGGUAAUGCCUUUGAACAAAAUAGUGUGACCAAAGAACAAAAGCUAACAGAGGUACUAAAGCGAGCAAUGCCGGGAAUCACCUAUGUCAGCAUCGAAGAUAUCUCCGGUGGAUGUGGGGCAAUGUAUGAGAUUAGUAUAGAAGCAAAGGAAUUUGUUGGUUUAUCAAGAGUGAAACAACACCGCCUUGUUACUGAUACCUUAAAAACUGAAAUAGCUGAGAUGCAUGGCAUAAGAAUACAUACGGCAUUACCUGUUUUGGAGAAAUGA